AUGUCCAACCUUUUUGCAAAAUCUCGUGUCCCGGACAAACCGGAGAAUGUGCGGGUGCGGACGACAGCAACGACGGCUACUCUAUGGUGGGAAGCGCCAUCAGACAAGAGUAUCCUGGUCCGCGGUUACACCAUUUCGUACGGUGUUGCGACGCCAUCACGACGAAUUGUCAUCGAAGGUGUUAAUACGAACUCAUUCACCUUGAAUCGCCUUGAGCCAGACACGGACUAUGUUGUUUCGCCGUGGCGCCAUAACGAAGCUGACGGCGAAGAUGGCGAGCCAGUACUCCUGCGGCACGGACACUACCUAGUGACGGUAUACUACAACAUCUUUAUUUUCUCAUGUACACCAGCCUUCUCCCUCUGGCCACCGAUCGCUGUUCGAGCACAAUCCGCCACUCCGGGUGUUGUUACGGUAUCCUGGGAGGAUCCAAAUCCAGAACAGGAUAUAGAGAACGAGCUCGAUGGCACUCAACGACACUACCUCAUACAAUACGGUAUCUACCAAUCAGAACAGUUGUCCAAGAUGCGUUCGAAUUCGCGAAGCGUCAAGCUAACCGGUUUACUGCCAGGAAAAGAGUACGAGAUUGCUGUAAAAGUCGUUGGUGAUGAUGGACGUGAAAGUCCGUGGAGUAUUCGGGACAUCGUUCUUACCCCACCAGAUCCAUCCAAAGAAGUUUCGCGAUACGAUUGGGAAUGCGAUUUUGAAAAGGACCUAUGUGGAAUGAAAAACGGUGAUGGUGUUCAUUGGAUACGAAGCGGUGGAACACCCCUUGCAGAGAGUGGUGAGUAUUCCUUUACAGUUCUGUUCGGAUUGGUAGUACAGGUUCAGUCAGUCGCUGGCUGUGCAGCACACAGUUUUGUUCGAAAAGUUAAAGAACGGACCUUGCGCUAA